GCCAUAUGCGCACUUAAAAACAAGAGAAUUUCUAAUUAAAUCAUGGAUGAAAUAUUAUGUCACAACAAAGAAGAAAAUGAAGAUUAUUAUAAAAUUUUGAGUUGCGAUGAAACUUCUACGACUGAGCAAAUAUUGACUGAAUACAAAACUCUUUCUCUUUUGCAUCACCCCGAUAAAAAUCCUGAUGACAAAGAUUCAGUAAUAAAAUUCCAAAAGCUGCAGAAAGCCAAGGAUGUUCUUACUGAUCCUGAAAAGCGAGCUUUAUAUGAUAAAUGGCGCUGCAGUGGUUUCUGCAUUUCAUAUGAAAAAUUCUUGAAUUUGAACAAAGCUUCGCACACAUCAAUACACUGGGCUACAAAGAAGAAGAAAGAUUUGAUGUUAGAAGGAGGUGUUCUGACUUGUGAUAGGAAUCUCAGUGAAGGUUCUGGUAAAUGUCACAUUCUAAACUCGAGUUGGGAAAGAGAUCCUUCUGAAAAUGAAGUCUUGCGAAAAUUUCGUAACUAUGAAAUUUGAAAGCUAUGUUUUAACUUUUGAAGUAUUUCAUUUUAUAUGAUUAGGCUUUUAUCUAUUUGUUGAGAUUUUUUAAUUAAUUUAUUAGCAAGUUAUCUGGCAGCUGUGGUUUGAAUUGUCAAAAAAUUUUCUCAAAAUGAGAUUUAACUUGUACACUUAUCUUACACGAGGGAUACGUUCCAAGACUCCACGCGUAAGUCAAAAUUUCGCUUUGUGGAAGAAUGUACAUAUACAUAUUUUUUAGAAACAAAAGAAAUUCUUUUAGACACUUAUAAACACCCCUGAAAUUGCUUUAAAGCAUUCCUCAAAUGUAUGUCACAGUUUAUUACAUAAAGAACUGAACUUUUACUGUAUUUGAAAAAUAACACAAGCUGUUUUAUUCAACAUGAACUACUUUAAGAUGCGCAAAACAAAUGAUCAAUUGGAGGGAAAGACUUAAA